AUGAAGCUGGGAACCUUCCUGUGGUUGCCAUACUGCCUUAAGGCGUUCAAGUAUGCCAACGACCCUGCAACGACAGCCCUAGUCAAUGCUCAUGCGGAUGCUCUGAAGGAGCUGGCACUUGCAUUCCCACUGGUGCUCCAAAACUUGACGAACUGCACCGGUAUCAUUCGCAACGGAAAUGAGAUGCUGGACAGGAGUGUGAUCACUUACCAUCCCGGCAAGUUUCAGCUGGAUGAGGAGUUUGUGGUUGACAAGACUGCCGGCUACUAUGCGGUCCUGCACGAUUUCCUUGCCUAUGAGUUUGGUGAAGGGCAAGCUAUGCAGUUCUGUGCACCGGGGCUUGUCCCCAACAUUAUGCCAUGCCUCCGGGUGGGGGCGUGUCUCCUUCAAGCCGCAGUCCCCGAGCAUGUUGACAUCGAGCUUUAUGCUGGCAUGCUAGAGCAGCUCACGCGCUUCGAAGAGAUCAUGUGGCCCAUUUUGCGGGAUUCCUUGGUCCACGAGGAGGGUGGGAAUGUUCUGGCUGACGACAUUUCGUUGCCAGACUCACUCAGUUGUGACGACUCUGCGCACGACUCAUCCCUCCUUCAGCUGACAGCAACAGCUGACGCGCAGCAUGCCGAAGCCAUGGCGACCGCAGCAGCCUUGCACAAGGCCACUGUCGACAGCCAUCGAGUCCUGGAUGCGCACGGGUUGAACAGUUCCAUGGAUGCCACCAUUAACAAACUACAGCAGUCAUAG